AUGCCUUUCUUCAUACCCUUCACCGGGCUCUUCACUACCAACCACCAACCCUCAUCUUCCCUCGUCAAGAAGAAGCCGGCUCAGGAGCGGGUCUUCGAAAUCGCCGAGCUUCUCGAGAAAAUCCUUUCCUCGGUUAACAAAACCGAGCUUCUCGUAAACAUGCAGCGAGUAUCGAAACAAUGGAGAGAUGUCAUUAAGGGAUCGCCCAGCUUGCAGAAGGGCUUAUUCUUCCGCGCCAGCCCCAACUCCAUGACCCCAUACAAGAGAUACAUCAAGAAUCUCAAGUUGGCAUCGGUAGCCUUACCCUUUUUCAGCGUGUACCUUUUUGAGCGCAAUGACUCCGAGGACAGACCGUUCACUCAUGUCUGGAUGAGGGAUAUCAUCUGGCACUUCCACUCUGAUAUCAUAAAACCAUGGCUAUUCGAAGACGCAUCUUGGCGCGACAUGUAUGUGUCUCAGCCACCCAUCAAGCGGAUUUUUUGGCAAAUUCGCAGAGAUGACCAGAUGUGCCACGGAUUAUCCUUGCCUACAACCAUUGCAGAGUUCGAAUUCCCGGAGGGGUUGCGGAUGGGCGACUACUACGAUCUCAUCCUUGGCACCAGGGGUAGACACCAAGUCUCAUGGCCGAGCACGGAGAAAUGGCCCCGAGGCCGCAACGAUCCAGAGCCCCAAAGCCGCAUCAAUCCAGAUAGUGAGGCUCGGUGGAAGGAAGAUGUGAGAUCGCGAGCUUAUAAGGAACAUGCAAUCGUGGUUGAGCAGCAUAUAGUUGCGGAGGAGGCAAACCCUAAACCUAGCCGGGAUGAAUAUUGGAACCCCAAAGACCUCCGGAAAUAUCAGCCAAACUUACGGAUGGUAAAGGAGCUGGAGGCCAAGAAGACGGAUGGGGUCAUGAAUUGGGGUUACAAAUGGUUAGGAAAGGACAGCGCCUCAGGCAUGAAGAUGUUUCUUCAUCGGGCGCAGAAGUGGAUUCCUGAACUGGAUGACUACUAUUGUUAA